AGCAAAAACAUCAUACCAUGUCGCGUGUCCAGGAGGAGCUCAGCACACAGGACAUGCUCCGCGGGUACGUGGAGAUCCACCACCUCGGCCUCUGCCACGUCAAGUCCAUGGCGUUCUGGUGCGCGAUUCAGCUCGGCAUCCCUAGCGCCAUCCACCGCCGUGGCGGGGCGGCGACACUCUCGGACCUCGUCACCGAGACCGGCGUCGACCCGUCCAAGCUCCCGUAUCUCCGGCGGCUCAUGCGCGUGCUCACCGUCUCCGGCAUCUUCGCCGCGGAUCAGCCCGCGUCGCCCGUCGACUACGAGAGCGAGACCAUCUACAUGCUCACUCCGGCGUCCCGCCUUCUCGCCGACGGCGGGGCCUCGACUACCUCAUGCGACAUUUCCCCGAUGGUGCGCCUCCUGGUGCGCCCCACCACGACGGUCUCCACCUACUUCAACCUUGAAGAGUGGCUCAAAGAUGACGGCACCGCGUCGCUCUUCGAGGUGGUGCAUGGCAUGACCCCAUGGAUGAUGACCAAGAACGAUGUCGCGUACAACAAAGUCUUGAACGAAGCAUGCGCCGCAGAUAGCAAUUUCGCCAUGGAUACCAUUCUAAAAGAUCCCGGUCUUGCAAGUAUCUUCAGUGGGCUCAGCUCACUGGUCGACGUCGGCGGUGGGCACGGCGCAGCCGCGGUGGCCAUCGCUAGGGCCUUUCCGCACAUCCAGUGCAGCGUGCUGGACCUUGAACAAGUGGUCAGCGAGGCACCUGCUGAUGGCACGGUGCAGUUCAUCUCUGGUGACAUGUUUGAGUCUGUCCCUCCUGCUGAUGGUGUCUUACUUAAGUUUGUUUUGCAUUGUUGGGACGACGAUAGCAGUGUUAAGAUACUUCGGCAGUGCAAGAAAGCAAUUUCUGCGAGAGACGCUGGAGGAAAAGUGAUAAUCAUGAAUAUGGUGGUUGGGUAUGAGACACCGGACAAAAUUGCCAAAGAGGCACAGGUGUUGUGGGAUAUGUUUAUGAUGCGACAUGUUGGGGUUGAGCGAGAGGAGCACGAAUGGAAAAGGAUUUUCUUAGAAGCUGGAUUCAGUGAUUAUAAAAUUACGCCGACAUUGGGUUUUCAAUCGAUCAUCGAGGUUUUCCCAUGAAAUACCUUCGUGAAAACCUCUCCAUACAUUUGAAAAGUUAAUAAGAAAGAUUUGCAUGAUGUGUUUGGUUGCAUAUGGUCAAAUGUGGAGAUAUAUAAUUCGCAAAAAUAAUGUGGAGAUAUAAGAAUAUGAAAGAUAUAAAUAUCUUUUAUUCUACUUCCAUCUAAGCAAGUUGUUUCAUCCCAAGUUUGUUCCUUGUAAGCAACCGUAUGGAGACAUAUUUGUAUUAAGUCAAUAAAAUCUACGAGGGCCUCUUGAAUAAAUCUCUGUGUUCCAUUU